AUACUGAUAUAAAAAAAACAUUAAAAACGAAAUGAAACUGAAACACGACACGGAUUGUGUAAAGAAACAAAAAAGAGUUUAAAAGAGAGAGGAAAGAAAAGGAAAAACAAAAGUUAUCUUUUUGGUUUGUUAGAUUCUAUCCUCUUUGUGUUUCCAAAUCGGAAUCGAUGGCGGAUAAGGAAGAACAAGAGGUUGAACAUCAACAAAAGCAACCUUCGACGUUAAAAUCAUCAACCGGAGCUCCAUCACGGCCAACGAUUUCACUACCUCCUCGACCCUUUGGAGAAAUGUUUUUCAGCGGUGGCCUUGGAUUCAGUCCUGGUCCUAUGACCCUCGUCUCCAAUCUCUUCUCCGAUCCUGAUGAGCUCAAAACCUUCUCUCAGCUUCUUGCCGGAGCCAUGGCUUCCCCGGCGGCUGCUGUUGCUGCCGCCGCUGUCGUCGCUACUGCUCAUCAGACCCCAGUGAGUUCCGUCGGUGGAAGCGGCGGUGAUGUUGACCCGAGGUUUAAACAAAACAGACCAACGGGAUUGAUGAUUGCACAGCCACCGGCGAUGUUCACCGUGCCGCCGGGAUUAAGUCCGGCGACGCUUCUUGAUUCGCCGAGCUUCUUUGGUCUUUUUUCACCCAUUCAGGGAGCAUUUGGUAUGACACACCAACAAGCUUUAGCACAAGUCACUGCACAAGCAGUUCAAGGCAAUGGUGUCCAAAUCCAAUCACAAUCCGAAUAUCCUUCCUCUACACAACAACAAGAGACUUCUUCUGAACCUAUGUCCCAGCUUCCCGCCCUGGCUCAGAGAGAUACCGUGGAAGUAUCAGUCUAUGAGCAUCGGCCAUCACAGCCUCAAAACGCUGAUAAACCAGCUGACGAUGGAUACAACUGGAGAAAAUACGGACAGAAGCAAGUCAAAGGCAGCGAUUUUCCUCGGAGCUAUUACAAAUGCACGCACCCCGCGUGUCCUGUCAAGAAGAAAGUGGAGAGAUCUCAGGAUGGGCAAGUGACUGAAAUCAUCUACAAGGGCCAGCACAGUCACGAGCCUCCACAAAACAAGACUAAGAGAGACAAUACCGGGAGUUCUAGAAGUUCUGAUGUUGCAACUCAGUUUCAUACCAGUAAUAGUGGUCUCAACAAGAAUAAGAGAGACCAGGAAACAAGCCAGGUUACUACUACAACAACAGAGCAGAUGUGUGACGCAAGUGAUAGCGAAGAAACUAGUGUGGAGCCUGAUCCCAAGAGAAGGAAUAUGGAAGUGCGGGUUACAGAACCAGUUACUUCAACGCAAAGAACAGUGACAGAGCCUAGAAUUAUAGUCCAGACAACGAGUGAAGUUGAUCUCUUAGAUGAUGGAUUCAAAUGGCGCAAGUAUGGUCAGAAAGUAGUCAAAGGAAACCCUUAUCCUAGGAGCUACUAUAAGUGUACAACACCGGGGUGUGGAGUGAGGAAACAUGUAGAGAGAGCAGCAAGCGAUCCUAAAGCUGUAGUGACAACAUAUGAAGGGAAACAUAACCAUGACGUUCCAGCUGCUAGAAAUAGCAGCCAUCAGUUAAGACCAAACAACAAUCUACACAACACCACGGUGGAUAACAUGAAUCAAGAACAGCGUGUUGCGCGUCUGAGGCUUAAAGAAGAGCAAAUCACUUGAGAAAUCUGUGAGUUUGAAAGAAUCUUUUUUGGUUAAUGAAUCUGUUUUGUUUGGUGUUACUAAGUUAUCACAGGCUUCUAUGGGCAGAAACUCUGAUAAAGUACAAUUUCAGAAGGUAUAUUAUCUUCCACGUUGGAAUCUUUUGUAUAAAGCUCAACGCUUUAGGAUGUAAUGUAAGAAACCAGAUUCGAGACAAUGUUCUUAACUCUUAUGUUGGAUUCUUUUGUACAUGGGGAAAUACAGGGAUCUUUUUGUUCUUCUGACAAUAGGUUACAGUUUGUUGAUGAAGUGUCAUCUUGUAAUAAUAACUAGCUUAAGAAUUACCGGAUGAAUGUUAUAUAUAAAACUAUUUUAAUCUAUUA